AUGAAAUUGAUUGUGCUGCCAGUGAUUGUGUUGUUGGCGACAUCAUCAUCAUGCUUUAACGUCGACGUAAAACACCCUUACGUAAAAGAAGGUCCGCCAAAUUCAUUAUUUGGUUAUACAGUUGAUUUUCAUCAUGAAGUUGGUGACAAUACUUAUUGGCUUUUGACUGGAGCACCAAGUGCUAAUAGCAGCAAUAUUACAUCGGUAGACUCAUCUGGUGCUAUCUUUCGUUGUCCAAUCGCUAGUAAUCGAAACGAUUGCCUAGAGAUUCCGAUGUACUACCCCGGUAAAGGUUCGUAUGCUGAAGUAUCGAAAGGAAUGUGCUUAGGGGUAUCUUUGCAAAGUAGUCAUGGGAUUAUAGUGGCAUGUGGUCACAAGUUCUCCAUAGAAGCAACUUCCGCUAGUGUUGAGCCGAGAAUGCCUGGUCGAUGCUAUGUUUGGUCAUCCAAUUUCUCAUUGAUGGCAGAUGUCACUCCUUGUAUUGCCAUGGGGCCUUAUUAUGUCAGAUGUAUGGCCGGAAUUUCGAUCGAUUUUAGCAAGGAUGGUAAACUCCUAAACUUUGGAUCGAUCGGUGUUCGUAGUUCAACAUUCCAAGGGUUAGUGUCCUACUUUGAAAGUACUUCGAAAGUACAGCAAUCGAGUGACGUAACUACCAUGAGUUACACGGACGUUCUUACAAAUUUCGGCGAAUUUGCGUAUACUGACGUCAUCGCCGGCUCGCCUAGAGAUGGAGAUAAAAUUGGCAUGGUGCAUAUACUAUCUUAUAGCGAUUCACUUAGACGUUUGAUCAUGAAUACUUCGCUUUCGGGUGAACAGUUUGGCAGCUAUUUCGGUUCUGAAACUUUAUCGAUAGACAUAAACAACGAUGGAUUAGAAGAUCUAUUUGUAGGAGCUCCAUUCUACAGUAAACAAGAGGCUCCUGAUUGUGGUAGAGUAUACUUAUUUAUGGGUACAAAGAGUGGUAUACCAAAGAAUACAAGUACCAUUAUAUAUGGUCCUGAAACAAAUUUUGCUCGUUUCGGAUUCGCGAUAUCGUCAAUUGGUGACAUUAACCUUGAUGGGUUCCCAGACAUAGCUGUUGGUGCACCCGGUAAUGAACCGAAAAGCAGCGGUGCGGUCUAUAUUUAUCAUGGCACUGCCACAGGAGUACGGCCGCAAUAUGUUCAGAAAAUUUUAGGUAAAACAAUCGAUAGUUCCUUAGUUGGAUUUGGAGUAUCCCUCUCUGGUGGCAUAGACGUAGAUGCCAACAAUUAUCCAGAUAUUGCAGUGGGGGUUGGCUAUUCAGAUAAAGCCGUCAUUUUAAGGUCUCGGCCAAUAAUGAUUAGCAAGGCUACAGUUAAAGUAAUCCCCGAUCACAUCAACUUUAACGACUUUAAUUGCAUAGAAGAAGGACAAAGGGCGACUUGCGUUGUUGUUGAAAUUUGCUUUCAAUACGGAGGCGUUGGAGUACCUAAUAACCAAGUGUUUCAAUACGAAUUAUCAGUGUUGAACUCAGAUAAUCGGAUAAAAUUGAAGAAUGUGGAUAGUAAUGGCAUAGUGAAAGCUACUAGUACUGUCAGCCGAGCUAAUAAUAUUCAUUGCCUCAGGCAGCCAGCUUAUGCUAUGGUGACAAAAUUAAGAAUGAUGAAAAGGGAAAUUAGAGAGGUAUUCGCGCCUGUUAAUCUGAGACUUGGUUACAGCCUAUUGAACCCGCAGCAAUGUGAAUUAUGUCCUGUUAUCGAUUCCUCUAUUGUAACCGUCCAACAAACCAAUGUUGGUUUUUAUGUUAACAUCGGUGGAACUAGAGCUGUUAUUGGAAGUACCGAAACCUUAGCUAUUAAUGUGAGAGUACGAAAUGUUGGAGAACCGGCUUAUCUAGCAUCGGUUCUAAUAACUAUCCCCGAUUUCCUCCCAUUUAUUCGUGUGACAGAAACGACGGCAAAUAAUAUUACAUGCGAAAUAAGUGGGCGCGAUAGCGGUAUCAGUACUUAUAAAUGUUCCCUUAACAAUCCAACAACAAGAAACGAGGAAAUCACAUUUGAUUUCAUUGUCCGUUCGAUAUACAUUCCGAUUGAUACCACUGCAUUAGAUGUGGUCUUAUCUGUUUCAUCAGCAAGUAAGGAUUUAAAUCAAGAUGACAAUAUUAACAGGAUUUCCAUUCCGGUGCUAUAUGAGGCAGACUUAUCACUAAGUGGCUAUUCCAGUCCUUUGCUAGUACGAUACGUUUCGCGUUCAUUAAACAUUAGCGAGUUCACCAGCCUGCCUCUAAUCGGUCCAACGGUGACACACAUAUUUAGGCUAGAAAAUCGCGGUCCUGGUCCCGUAGAAAACUUUCUCUUAACAGUAGAUUGGCCUGUAAUGUACGAAAAUGUUGGAUAUUUGAUGUACUUAACAAGCCCACCGACAAUCUCAGGUGCUGACGGAAGCUGCACUUACACGCCUAAUUUAAUUGAUCCUAUAGGCAUAAGGAAUCGUACCAGAACUAGUGGACGUAGUUUAAGGAACAAACGCAGUACACUAUCAGUUAAUAAUCGUGCCUAUAUACCAGAUGCAACGCUACUGUCUUGUGAUUCAGCCAAUAUCCGAUGCGAACGUAUAACCUGCACCAUAACUGGCACUCGUUCAAUUGUUGACGUAACUUUUGUUGCUCGUCUUUGGCAAAAUACAUUAAAUACGAUUCAAAAGGAAGGAAAAUUUUUGUUAUCAUCGCGUGGUCGCUUAGAGCCGAUCGGAGCUAAAUAUUUAGUUCAACCAGGAGGCAAAACAGAGAAUAUAGCUCAAGCUGAUACACAGGCAAUGUACGAUGCCCCGACAAUAGAAAGUGCUCCAGUGUGGAUAAUUGUUGUUUCGGCUAUGGCAGGAUUUUUUUUACUGUCAGGAUGCGUCUACAUUUUGUGGAAAUGUGGCUUUUUCAAAAGGAAGAAGAUUGAAAUCUCUGGACCUAUAGGCGCUGAAGAAAAUGAAAACCAAGAUGGAGCUGAGCUGACGACACUCACGGAAGAAAAAGAACCUACUAAAGUCGAUCUCACAGAUAUCUAG